GUCCUGAUGCUGGACCUUCAUAGUGAUGGCUCUUUGCCGCGCCGAACCAGGUCAUGGUCACCAGAUUUAUCCAGAAGAUAUCAGGAGCUACUGGAUGAAGAUGAGGAGGAAAGCGAAGUCUUGUUCGAUGCGUGUCGCUUCCCCAGGCCAACUGGUGACCUGUUGGAUUGCAUCCUUGGAGAAGAGCCUUGGCAGAAUGCAGAGACAAGCGAUGGGUGUAAAGUUCGCAUCGUUGGCGAUGCCUCAGCCUUGAAGAGGCUCUUUGAAUUGCCACUGCAAGCAGCAGGGGAGGCCUUGUGUUUACAUCGAGUUGGAGACUGCUUAGUGGUGCUAAAUGCACCAAACCAUCCGCUCGAGGAAGCAGAGGACUUGGGACCUCUGGGCCAAGGUUCACCAAGGUCCCCACGGGUCAGUCCGCGGGUGAGUCCUCCACGUUGCUCCGUACAAGUUGAUGGUGACAUGGUGCGGAUAUUUCCAGUGGUCGAGACGGCCGAGCCGGUGGCUGAGAUGGGCGAGAUGAAUCUGGGAACAGCUCCGACUGCAUCGUGUUGCGAAUGGCGAGUUCGUGAAGGGCUCUCGCUUAUGGCAACUGUCCCACGACAGAUGAGUUCAGGUGAAAGUGGCCUUGCAGAUCUCAGUAGAAGCUCACAGCUGCGGCUUCUUGAUACGCCAUCCUGGUCAAACUCUGUGAACACAGUGCUCACUUUCGACAAAGUUGGAGGUAGCCUAGUCUUGCCAACCAGCAUGGCAAUGUCGCGGCCGUCGCUGCCAGAAUAUCACAGAAGAGUCACAGAGGACAAGACAGCAGUUCUGGUAGUGCCUUUAAACUCUCCACUAGAAACUCGAACCCUGAUUGAUUCCUGGCUUUCGUGCUGCCUCUACGGUUCCCCAUCGCUGCUGUGCUUCUUUGUUGAUGCAGAUGGCAUUUGCCGUGGAUGUCGCUUUGUGCUUGCCGCGGACAUCCCUUACCUGGAGGACAUUGCGAAGGCCUACAAGACAGGAGAGCAAAGACGUCUAACGGCUGGGUCCAAUCCAGCAUUCGAUCCUCGUUCCUUGAGGGAGUCGACUCAUUCCCUGCUGGAGAUGUUGACCAGUCGAUGCGAUCAAGAUGGGGGUCACUUUCUCUUGGUGCCAAGUCCACUUGGUCCCCGAUUGGUCCCUGCGUUGCAUGAGGAUGACUCGGGAGAUGAGACUGAGGUUCGAAGAGCGCCAAGUCUUACGUUGCCUAGCUGUGCAGAAACUGCAGACCAAGUCCAAACUGAGUCUGAACAGCCACAGUCUGGGCUGGGACCUCCACGGUUGGGUGCCGCUUUGGUGACACAAGCUUUGCUCAUGUACAAUGCAGCAGUGCGGUUAGCACAGGUGCACCCAGAGUCCAGAAAGUCGACGGAACUGAAGCAUGUACCAGCUGGUGCAAGGUGGACAGCCAAGAGCUGCCGUCACCCUCUACGUGUACGGCAAAUGAUGCUUCGGUCUGUUCGUGCACUUCGAUCUGCCGUGCAGUUGAAGGAUUCCCCAGCUCGGCUUCCUCGAAGAUUCCAAUUGCUGCUGGCAUCGGCCUACGAAUUCUUGGCAGAUUCCUUCUUUGCCGAGGAAGUUCAUGGAGAUGCUGUCCUGGACAUCUCCAGACACCGCAGCGCGCAGGGACACCUGCAUAAAAGCAAGAAACACUUGGCGGAGUAUGCAAAUAGCCGACCCACACGAGCUUGUGAAAGCACAUUUGCCCGAAGUGUGAGGGAGUUGGAGGAGCGAAUCAAUGCGAAACUGGUAAAUGCUCAUCUUUGUUUGGCAAGGCUUUACCAAAUGGAACCCUGGAAAGACACCGCUUGGCGCAAUUUGGGUUUGGCCAUGAAGGAAUUAGAUGCGGCAGAGGAUUUGGUAGCGAAACCCAACAGGGUGACACAACCUUCAAGGGCAGCAGGAGCGUACGAGUGCUCCCUUUUGGCUUCAAUAAGCAAAUGGAAAGCUGAUCACUUACACGAGCUGGCCGCACUAUUGCUCCCAAGUGUGGCUCCAGGAUCAGAGCUUGCCAAAGGAUUGUACGACUACGUGGAGGCUCAGCAGAAGGAGCUGGAUGAGACACUCCAAGUGAUGCCCACGCAAUGCGAGCGUUGGCUCCAGUCCACCGUGAGCCUUUGCCUGCGUGCCUUGCAUCAACUUGCUGCUGUCCCAACCGAGGUGACUGCGGAGCUGCAGGUUCAGGCUCGAUUUUUGUUGGCUCGCUCCUAUAGCAAGUUGGGCCAUUUGUAUGCAAGUACUGGCCGCUUCACCAAGGCCAUGACGCAUGCGAAGCAAGGCAUCGAGCUCUUCAAUGCUAUCAAGGACAAACUUGAAGCAGCAAAACUGCAGCUAUGGUUGUGUAGGCUCCAGCUUCGGAUGGCGCUACCACAGGCCCCUUCCAGUGGCCGCUCCGACUUUGGCCUGAUCAAGGACCGGGAUCUGCUUUCUGGUAUCCCGGCAGCGACGGCAGCUGAAGACACGGCUCUGCGACAGGUUGUACAGCAGCUGCAAAAGUCGUUGAAUGCUCUGGAUUCUGAGGUUGCAGAAGAGCGCCAUGUACACGCAGAUGGGCAGGCACUGCUGGGAAGAGUGAUCCUCCGCCAAGCUUUGGUGAAAUUGGCCAAGACACCCGCGCCCUUCAACACUUGCGGCCGACUUUGUGAAGAGGAGCUGUCUUUGCUGAGCGCGUUGGAGCUGCUGCAGGCACCCGAGGCAAGCAACACUUCGGCUGAGAGUUCGGAGGUCACGAAGGAUGCUAUUGAGAAACUACACCAAGCUGUUUCUUGUUUUCGUUCCUCGCAGUCUCAGUCCCUCUGCGCUUUGGUCCAUGUUUGCCUCGCGUAUGUUUAUUUCUGCAGUCGUUCGGAUCCGCGAAUCCAGCGCUUGGCUCUGACGCAUUGCCAACACGCCCUGGAGCAGCUUCGGGAGCCAAGGCUCGCAGCGACCCGGGUGGCGAUUCGCCUCCUGGAAGCCAAGGUGACACGACGCUCGACGCAGAAAGGCCAGUCAUCCCAAGCUUCAUGGACAAGUGAUGCCAAAGCAGCAUCAAUCCUUUGCGAAGUGGCUUUGAGGUUUCAACCCAUCCCUGCGGUGCAAUCGGUCUCGAGGGCAGGCGACGGAGAGUCUGAAUUGCCUGAACCUGUCCAAUCAUCUUCUGACAGGGUGCGCGAUGCGCUUCUCUGCGAUGAUCAGUCAGGCGAAGUUGCACAGCUGAUGACCUACCUGCGGCAGGAACUGAGCAACACCUUGCUGCGCUUGCUGAAGCUCACGGACCUCCAAGAUUCUGUUCUGCGAGAGUUGAAGGCUUUGUAUUGCUCUUUACUCACAGCUUGGCAUUCAGAAAAUGGACAGGUGGAGGCACUGACUGCCUUGGCCAGUCAAAUAAGGAAGCUCCUAGAAGAAGCCUGACGAAGAAUGCUUGAGAGAAGCUCAAAAACUCGAGCGAAGUUUAGCCAAAUAGUCGUGAGCAGGGUUUUCCUGCCGUUAAUGAUCCCAAGUUGGGUGUUAAUGUCGCCCUGUCCCUGUACAGAUGGGCGUUGACACUUCUAGAGUCAACUUGCUUCAGCUGUG